UCCGCCGGUGCCGGCCAUGGAGGAGGAGGCGGUGGCCUGGAUGGACCAGGCCCUCGACGUGGCUAAAGAGGCGCUGGAGAAUGGGGAGGUUCCCGUCGGUUGCCUCCUGGUGUACAACGGCGAGGUCAUAGGGAGGGGCAGGAACGAGGUCAACGAGACGAAGAACGCUACUCGACAUGCAGAAAUGGUGGCAAUUGAUCAGGUCCUUGACUGGUGCAAGCAACACAACAGAGAUUAUACAGAAGUGUUUCCACAGUCAGUAUUGUAUGUAACUGUAGAGCCUUGUAUCAUGUGUGCAGCAGCCAUCCGCUUGAUGAAAAUUCCACGGGUCGUAUAUGGCUGUCAAAAUGAGCGAUUUGGAGGCUGUGGCUCCGUUUUGAGCAUCUCAUCUGAUGAUAUGGUAGACACAGGAGAACCAUUUGAAUGCAUUUCUGGCUAUCGUGCCAAAGAAGCAGUGGAAAUGUUAAAAGCUUUCUACAGACAAGAAAAUCCCAAUGCACCAAAAUCAAAAGUACGGAAAAAGGACCAUCGUAAUUAGCCCUACGCUAAUGGGAGACAGAAACUUACCAAAAAAUGAUGCAUGAAGGUUUCUUCAGCGUCCUUCUUUUUUCAAAUGUACAGUCCAAUUACACUAUGUCUAAUGUUCUGUACAGAGUUUUUACUAAUACGAUACUUGCUACCUGUUCCUGCGUUUCUAUGUAUGUGACUUCUUGUUAUCAUACAUGACCAAGCAGAAGAAUAAGUGGCUGUUUUUAGAAAGAGGAAAAUUUAUGGUUCAAGUUCACUUGUUUACAGCCAGAUGGAUCCAUUAAAAUGAUGCCAUUCUGUACAGCA